CCCUGCCGUCCCGCUCCGGACUCCGACUCCCGGCUCCAGUUGCAGAGUGCAACCUCCGCGGCCGCCGCCGCCGCCGCCGCCCCACCGAUUCGCGCGCUGCUCAGGUGGCUGUCGCUUCGAUGUCCUCCUAAUCCAGGCCCCCCCCCCACCCCGGGCCAGACUCGGCUGGGACUCCCUUCACCCUCCGCUGGAGUCAUGAGGGCGAUUGGGACGCUGCAGGUGCUGGGCUUCCUUCUCAGCCUGGCCCGGGGUUCCGAGAUGGGCAGCUCCCAGGCAGUGUGUCCUGGGACUCUGAAUGGGCUGAGUGUGACUGGCGAUGCUGAGAAUCAGUACCAGACCCUGUACAAGCUGUAUGAGAGGUGCGAGGUGGUGAUGGGCAACCUUGAGAUUGUGCUCACGGGACACAACGCCGACCUUUCCUUCCUGAAGUGGAUCCGAGAGGUGACGGGCUACGUCCUCGUGGCCAUGAACGAAUUCUCCACGCUACCUUUGCCGAACCUCCGCGUGGUACGGGGAACCCAGGUCUACGACGGGAAGUUUGCCCUCUUUGUCAUGUUGAAUUAUAACACCAACUCCAGCCACGCUCUGCGCCAGCUCCACCUCACCCAGCUGACUGAGAUUCUGUCAGGGGGUGUUUACAUUGAGAAGAACGACAGACUUUGCCAUAUGGACACAAUUGACUGGAAGGACAUCGUGAGGGUCCAGGGGGCUGAUAUCGUGGUGAAGAACAAUGGUAGAAACUGUCCACCCUGUCAUGAGGCCUGCAAGGGGCGAUGCUGGGGACCUGGACCAGAUGACUGCCAGACAUUGACCAAGACCAUCUGCGCGCCUCAGUGUAACGGCCAUUGCUUUGGGCCCAACCCCAACCAGUGCUGCCAUGAUGAGUGCGCAGGAGGCUGCUCCGGACCCCAGGACACAGACUGCUUUGCCUGCCGACACUUCAAUGACAGCGGAGCUUGCGUGCCCCGGUGUCCGCAGCCUCUUGUGUACAACAAGCUGACGUUCCAGCUGGAACCCAACCCCCACACCAAGUAUCAGUAUGGAGGGGUCUGUGUUGCCAGCUGUCCCCAUAACUUUGUGGUGGAUCAGACAUCUUGUGUCAGGGCUUGCCCUCCCGACAAGAUGGAAGUAGAUAAAAAUGGACUCAAGAUUUGUGAGCCUUGUGGAGGGUUGUGCCCUAAAGCCUGUGAGGGGACAGGCUCUGGAAGCCGCUUCCAGACUGUGGACUCCAGCAACAUUGAUGGGUUCGUGAACUGCACCAAGAUCCUGGGCAACCUGGACUUCCUUAUCACUGGCCUCAACGGAGACCCCUGGCACAAGAUCCCUGCACUGGACCCAGAGAAGCUCAACGUUUUCAGGACAGUACGGGAGAUCACAGGGUACCUAAACAUCCAGUCCUGGCCUCCUCACAUGCACAACUUCAGUGUUUUUUCCAACCUGACAACCAUCGGGGGCAGAAGCCUCUACAACCGGGGCUUCUCCUUGUUGAUCAUGAAGAACUUGAAUGUCACGUCACUGGGCCUCCGGUCCCUGAAGGAGAUCAGUGCUGGGCGCGUCUACAUAAGUGCCAAUCAGCAGCUCUGCUACCACCACUCUCUGAACUGGACCAGACUGCUCCGGGGGCCUCCAGACGACAGGCUUGACAUCAAGUAUAAUCGGCCUCGAAGAGACUGUGUGGCAGAGGGUAAAGUGUGUGAUCCACUGUGCUCCUCUGGGGGAUGCUGGGGCCCAGGCCCUGGUCAGUGCUUGUCUUGUCGAAAUUACAGCCGAGAAGGUGUCUGUGUGACUCACUGCAACUUUCUGAAGGGGGACCCUCGUGAGUUCGCUCAGGACGGUGAAUGUUUCUCCUGCCACCCCGAGUGCCUACCCAUGGAGGGCGCCAGCACAUGCGAUGGCCCGGGCUCUGACGCUUGUGCUCAAUGUGCCCAUUUUCGAGACGGGCCCCACUGUGUGAACAGCUGCCCCCAUGGAAUCCUAGGUGCCAAGGGUCCAAUCUACAAGUACCCAGACGCUCAGAAUGAAUGUCGGCCCUGCCAUGAGAACUGCACCCAGGGGUGUAAGGGACCAGAACCGCAGGACUGUUUGGGCCAAACAGAGGUAUUAAUGAGCAAAACCCAUCUGGCAAUGGCUGGGAUGGUGGGACUGCCUGUGGCUCUCCUGAUUCUGGGAGGCUCCUUUCUCUACUGGCGUGGACGCAGGAUUCAGAAUAAAAGGGCUAUGAGGCGCUACUUGGAACGGGGUGAGAGCAUCGAGCCUCUGGACCCCAGCGAGAAAGCAAACAAAGUCUUGGCCAGAAUCUUCAAAGAGACAGAGCUGAGGAAGCUUAAAGUGUUGGGCUCUGGUGUCUUUGGAACUGUGCACAAGGGGGUUUGGAUCCCUGAGGGUGAAUCCAUCAAGAUUCCAGUCUGCAUUAAAGUCAUCGAGGACAAGAGUGGGCGCCAAAGUUUUCAAUCUGUGACUGAUCAUAUGCUGGCCAUCGGUAGCCUAGACCAUGCCCACAUCGUACGGCUUCUGGGACUAUGCCCGGGGUCGUCUCUGCAGCUUGUCACACAAUACUUGCCUCUGGGCUCCCUCCUUGACUAUGUGAGACAGCACCGUGGGGCGCUGGGGCCCCAGCUGCUGCUCAACUGGGGAGUACAGAUCGCCAAGGGUAUGUAUUACCUGGAGGAACACAGUAUGGUGCACAGGGACCUCGCUCUCCGGAAUGUGCUGCUCAAGUCACCUAGUCAGGUCCAGGUGGCAGAUUUUGGUGUGGCUGACCUGUUGCCACCGGAAGACAAGCAGUUACUAUACAGUGAGGCCAAGACUCCAAUUAAGUGGAUGGCCCUUGAGUGUAUCCACUUUGGGAAAUACACACACCAGAGUGAUGUCUGGAGUUACGGGGUUACGGUGUGGGAGUUGAUGACUUUCGGGGCAGAGCCCUAUGCGGGGCUGAGACUCGCUGAAAUCCCAGACCUGCUGGAGAAGGGCGAGCGGUUAGCGCAGCCCCAGAUCUGCACCAUUGACGUCUACAUGGUCAUGGUCAAGUGUGAGUUGUCUGCUGACCCCUGGUCUGACUCCCCCGCUUUCUCCUCCACGGCUCUAUCCCCUUCUGACUCCGCCCUCUACGUCUCAUCCCCAGGUUGGAUGAUUGAUGAGAAUAUUCGCCCGACCUUUAAAGAACUAGCCAAUGAGUUCACCAGGAUGGCCCGUGACCCACCACGAUAUCUGGUCAUAAAGAGAGAGAGCGGGCCUGGAGUGCCUCCUGGGGCAGAGCCCUCCGCGCUGACGAACAAAGAGCUGGAGGAAGUCGAGCUGGAGCCUGAACUGGACCUAGACCUAGACCUGGAGGCAGAGGACGACAGCCUGGCGACCACACUGGGUUCUGCCCUCAGCUUACCAGCGGGGACGCUUCCCCGGCCACGUGGGAGCCAGAGUCUUUUAAGUCCCUCAUCUGGAUACAUGCCCAUGAACCAGAGUAAUCUCGGGGAGGCUUGUCUGGAUACUGCCGUUUUGGGGGGCAGUGAACAGUGCCCCCGUCCCAUCUCUCUGCACCCAAUCCCACGGGGCCGCCUGGCAUCAGAGUCCUCAGAGGGCCACGUGACGGGCUCUGAGGCUGAACUCCAAGAAAAAGGAUCGGUGUGCAGAAGCCGCAGCCGCAGCCGCAGCCCUCGGCCACGUGGAGACAGUGCCUACCACUCGCAGCGACACAGCCUGCUCACCCCUGUCACCCCGCUGUCCCCGCCAGGGGUAGGGGAAGAGGAUGUCAAUGGUUAUGUCAUGCCAGACACGCACCUCAGAGGUACACCCUCCUCCCGGGAAGGUACCCUUUCUUCAGUAGGUCUCAGUUCCGUGCUGGGUACUGAAGAAGAAGAUGAAGAGGAGGAGUAUGAAUACAUGAACCGGAAGAGAAGGAGCAGCCCACCUCGGCCUCCGAGGCCUGGUUCCCUUGAGGAGCUGGGUUAUGAGUACAUGGAUGUGGGCUCAGACCUCAGUGCCUCUCUGGGCAGUACUCAGAGUUGCCCACUCCAUCCUAUGGCCAUCCUGCCCUCUGCGGGCACAACUCCAGAUGAGGACUACGAGUACAUGAACCGUAGGCGGGGCGUGGGGGGGGCCGGGGGGGAUUAUGCAGCCAUGGAGGCCUGCCCAGCAGCUGAACAAGGGUAUGAAGAGAUGCGAGCUUUCCAGGGGCCUGGCCAUCACGCCCCCCACGUUCGCUAUGCCCGCCUCAAAACGCUGCGUAGUUUAGAAGCCACCGAUUCUGCCUUCGACAACCCGGAUUACUGGCAUAGCAGACUUUUCCCCAAAGCCGACGCCCAGAGAACUUAACCUCUGCUCCUGAGACUCUCCGGGAGCAUCUGAUGGCAGCUGGUGCCUCUUGAGGGUACCCCUUCCUCGCCCCCCUCCUCCUCAGGGUCCCACUCCCAUUUCUCCAGUCCUGGACAGUGCCCUCUAGUCUUUGGAGACUCGCAAACACAUCCUUACACAAUUCCGUGCUGUAUAGCCAGUCAGCUGUGCACUUUCUUCUCGGCCCCGGCCCCAGGGAAGAGAAGGUUUUCCUGUUGGUCUGCUUUCCCAAGCCCGUUCCUCAGCUUCCUCAGGGAGACCCCCUGGAGAUAUGAAGGUCUGCUCUCUCUAAGCCCCUUUCUCUGGGGCUCUUACUUGUUAGACUUUGCUUUUGUUUCUCAUCAGACUCUCCUAAGGAAGAGGAGAUGAAACAGAGCUGAAAGAGGAAAGUGAAAUUUUGGCUCAUGAGACUCUUAAUCCUAUGCAAAGGUUGAGACGCUUAACAAAGGUAGGAGUAGAUACCAAUAACCAUGAAUCGAACGUUUACCAUGAGCGAGGCAUCGUCCAGCUGAACUCUGCCUGCGUGAUCUCAGUUACAAUCUACAAUUUUUGUGAGGUAGAGCUGAUCCCAUUUUACCAAUACAGGAGUGAGUCCUCUUGAGAGUUCCAAAAUAGCCAAUAGGUCCCUGAAUCUCUGCAUAGUACUGAAUCCUAGUUUUUGUUGUUUGGUUUUGGUUUUGAUUUUUCGAGAGAGACAGGGUUUCUCUGUGUUGUCCUGGCUGUCCUGGAGCUCAAUCUGUAGACCAGGCUGGCCUCGAGUUCAGAGAUCAGCCUGCCUCUGCUUCCUGAGUCCUGGGAUUAAAGGCAUGUGCCACCAUCGCCCAGCCUAAAAUUCUUUUUUAAAAAAUAUUUUAGUUGGUGUACAAAACUGAAUGCUAUAGUCUAGUGCCUUUUUACCUCUUACCUAAGAACUUUCCAUCAUGGCUGUAAAUCUUGAAGUUUGAAGUACCACAGCAAAAGUAA